AUGGAUAAUGACGAACUACCACGAUCGACUGUUAUUCAGGACGACAACCCCAAACCUGUUCGUAGGGCAAAACUCUCUCCUUCAAAACCUUCAAGAAAAGCUACUAAGAAAAAGAAAAAGCAAAAUUUACGUCUUUCCAUCCGCAAUGAGUCUACGCAAAAUGAUUUGCAGCUGAAUUCGGCCAAAUCCAUGCUAAGCUCAAGCUUGACGACAAAGCGUGGCCCAGAUGACGAAAGUCUCAUGCCUCCGGCAAACAAGCCCAAACUAGAUUCAGCUCAAGACACUAACUUGCCUGAAAUCCGUGGUUUGCCCACUAAGUCCAAGUAUGGAUGGACCGAAGUUGACUACAAGAGCUUGCCUGCAACUAUGGAUUACUCCGGGAAAUAUGAUCCCUUUUUGGAGCUGGCAGAGCUUUGGUCUGCACCUAAUCUUCAUCGAACAUCCAUCUCUAUGAUCAAUGGUGAUGGAUCGGUGAACAAAGAUUUGUCGGUUUCGAUGAUACUCCCGAAAUUGGUGGCCUUGCCUCCAACCAUCACCCUGUUUUGGGAAAAUAACGAGAUAUACAUUGCGAAAUUUGGUCACUCGACGCCCAUUGGCGAAGUAGAAGCAGAAGUUCUGACAGCAAUGAGGAGAAUUACCGCUAAGUAUCUGCAGGCCACGUCGACGCGGCUGCAGGGAUCUGAGAGAGACUAUGUUGCCCUUUUCAUCCCAGACAUUGAACUGACUGAAUUGGAGAAAUGGGCCGAUGAAUACGAUGCAGUCGAGCAGGCUAUCGAUGUGUAUGCCAGAGAUCCAGUUUCAUCACCGAUUGGGAUCCUUCGAGAUGGGGCUCAAUACAGCGAACCGCGUAUAUUCCACGAAUGGGUUGUUUCGCCUAAGCCAAAGGGAGCGUCUCACAUUGAGAUCGCCUGCGAGCAGCUACCCAAGCGCCGCAACUACCUUCAUCCUCCCCCUCCAGAUAAUACACGCUGUGCUUUGAAGAAAUACACCAUACCUGCUUCUAGCUGUACUGUGGACAAGCUGCCCGCAGCUCAAGCAAUCUUCGGCCGGUUUAUCUCGCCUAUUUUGGACCGGAUUCAAGCCACCAUGGUAGCCGAGAAGCUGAAUAACACUUUUCUCAAGACGGUGGGAAUUCAAAACUUGGCCCAUGUCAUCACAGCCAUCACGGCUCCGAACGCACUGGCUGAAACUGACUAUCAGAAGUAUGAAUUUUAUGGAGAUUCUGUUUUGAAGUUCACCGUUGCCUGUCAACAAUUCCUUCAGCGAACAACAUGGACUGAGGGUGAGCUUUCCGCUAGUCGGGAUGCUAUUGUCAACAAUAAGCGACUCGCCUAUGCUGCCAUCCAUGCUGGCCUGUAUAAGUUUAUUUUGACAGAUCGCUUCACUCCCAAAAAGUGGGAGGCCCCUCGCAUUUCGAUGAAAUUGGCCGCCCCGCCCAAGACGGAAACCCAGUCCCGUAAAGUAAUGGCAGACGCGGUCGAGUCCUUGAUUGGUGCGGCCUUGCUUGAUGGUGGAAUGUUGAAAGCGCAGGCCUGUCUCAAAUGCUUCUUACCAGAUGUCGAAAUCCUGACUGACAGCUUCCCGACUUUGACACCAAGUGGUCGAUUCAUCGAACCGGUUUUGACCGAUCUUAUUGGAUAUGAUUUCCUCGAUGGUUCUAUGCUACUAGAAGCACUCACCCACUCUUCCUUGAAGCACAUCAGCCCAUCAUAUGAAAGACUCGAAUGGCUUGGUGAUGCGGUUCUCGACACAGUGGUGGUGGAUAUAUUCCGUGAUCGCUCCGAGGAUCUCUCUCAAGGUUAUAUGACGAUGCUCAAGCAUGCCGUAGUCAAUGCCAACCUCCUUGGCUUUUGCUGCAUGGAUUUUGGAUUUGACGAAACCGUGAACGAGGAAAGCAGACAUAAUUUAACUCGAUACUUCCGCUACACAGGGUCGCACAUCGGACUUUCGAUCAAGUCUUGCUGGAAAAGACACAAUGAGCUGCGCAAAGAAAUCAGAGCAGAAAUGGAGAAUUCCAAUACGUAUCCCUGGGAUCUUCUCGCACGUUUACACUGCGAUAAGAUUUUUUCUGAUAUCACCGAGAGCACUCUGGGUGCGAUCUUCGUUGACUCGGGAGGUAACAUCGAGACUUGUCGGGCUUUCUUGGAGAAACUUGGGCUACUCUCUUAUUUGCGCCACAUUCUGUCAGACCAAGUGUCUGUAGAACAUCCUCGCAAUAGAUCGCAGGCAAUUUUCAAGCAUGCUGGCACUUUGAUUUUCAAGCACCAGCGAGUGCCUAAAAUGAUAGGAAAACGGGCAGAUCCCAACGAAGCCACUUACCAGUCUACAGCAAUCAUCAACGGUCAACAUUUAGGAGAAGUGGCCGGGUGCAUCUCCGCCGAGGAGGCCGAUAUUCAACUUGCUGGAACAAUUCUUCAAAAGGUUGAGAAAGGAUGUUAUGACGAUAUCUUGGGCAAGUAA